AUGGCGCUGCCGGCCGCGCUGCUGCUGCUGCAGGUUACUACUGCCAACAGUUUUUCUCAUGGAAUUGAAAAUUUCAGUUUAAGGCAAGCUAUCCAAAAGAAGAGUAUUCAGUUGUUAAAUUCUUAUCAGUUAGACAGUCUACAUCCUUUACACCGUACAAAAAGGACCUGGGUUAUCACCGUCAUUGAUGUUGAAGAGGAGGACAAAGGACCAUUCCCAAAAUAUGCUGGACAGCUCUUCAAUAACAAAUCAUUCAAUACAUCAGUGAAAUAUAUAAUCAGUGGACCUGGGGUAGAUGAAUCUCCAGAGACUGGAUUGUUUUCGAUAGAAGAUGAUGCAAAUGGACAUGUGUAUGUACAUCGUAGCAUUGACAGAGAAAAGACCCCAACUUUUCAGAUACGUUUCGAUAUUGUGUACAGAAAAACCGGUGAAUUAUUGGACCGCCCUUUGUUUUUCAAGAUAAAGGUUAAAGAUAUUAAUGACAAUGCACCUGAGUUUCCCAAGGAGGAAUAUAGCACUACAGUAAGAGAGAACCAUAGUAAAGAUGAGCCUGUUUUCCAAGUUACUGCCUUGGACAAAGAUGAAGAUGGCACUGCGAAUUCUCAGGUGUCCUAUUCUCUAAGUAUGCAAAUGUACCCUCCAGAUGGACUCACAUUUAAUAUUGAUGCUACCACAGGAUCAAUACUUCUGUCAGGAUGCCUGGAUUAUAAGACUGCCAACUCUUUCAAACUUCUGAUUAUAGCCCGUGACCAUGGAACUCCCCAGCUAUCAUCUUCUACAACAGUGAAUGUAGCUGUUGAAGAUGCAAACAACCACCUCCCUGUAUUUACUAGUAAUAAUUACCAGCUACAGAUUUCAGCAGGUCAGGAACAUCCAGCUGUAUUACGGCUCCAAGUGGAAGACAAAGACUCUCCCAACACUCCAGCUUGGAGAGCAAAAUACAGAGUAGUAAAAGGCAAUGAGAAGGAACAGUUCACCAUUGAGACAGAUCCGGACACAAAUGAAGGCAUUUUGAGUAUUAAUAAGCCUCUCAGCUAUGACGAUGACUCUGAGAUGAGACUUGUCAUUUCUGUAGCAAAUGAAGAACCUUUCUUCUUGUGUAAAAAUGGCAUUGUGAUGAUCUCAAGCUUAGAAUCCACAAAUACAACUGUGAACAUCAAGGUCUUACAGCCCCAACAUGCUCCUGCAUUUCAUCCUCCUGUACUUAUUGUCCAAAAAGAAGAUUCAAUGAAGCCUGGGAGAGUAUUUAGAAGGUAUCCUGCCACAUAUCCAGAUGAUGUGCCAAGUACGAUAAAAUAUGAACUAGCCCAUGACCCAGAUGGUUGGCUGAGUAUGGAUGAGAAUUCUGGAGUUCUUACUGUGGCAAAAGAAUUUGAUCAAGAAUCCCCUUAUGUGAACAACAGCGUGUACACCAUUGUUGUUCAUGCUAUUGAUCAUGGUAUUCCACCACAGACAGGUACUGGCACCAUCCUGCUUUACUUGUCAGACAAUAAUGAUCAUAUGCCAACAUUAGUGGCUCCUUCUUUAGAUGUGUGUGACAAAAAAGAAGAGACACCUCUUGUUAUAAAAGCUAAGUCUGCUCCAGUCCAUUCACAUUCUGGGCCAUUUACAUUUGAGCUGGCUGAGGACUCUGAAUAUGUGAAGCGUAACUGGAAAUUAGGAAGGAACUUCGGGGAGUCAGUUGAACUAUUAAUGUUAAGCAGCCUCCCACAAGGUAGCUACCUGGUGCCUGUCAUUAUUCAGGACAGGCAAGGAUUUUCUGCAAGGCAGAAUUUGCAUGUUAGGCUCUGCUUCUGCCCAGAUGGACAUACAUGUAAAGAUUCCCCGCUUCCACAAGUAGCAGUGAGACUUGGAGGUGGUGCCAUUGCAAUAGUACUGACAGCUUUCUUAUUACUACUGGUUUCCAGUAUUCUACUUUGCCGGUUUUAUAUGCCAGGAUCUAAGAGAAAAGCCAUUGUUCUACCUCAAGAAGGUGAACAGACUUUAGUCAGCUAUAAUGAGGAGAGCAGAAUGUCUUUAUCUCAGGCUCAGCUGGAUAUCACAGAUCAUGCUGCUCUACCACCUGUGUCUGUGGAGGCUGAAAAAGAAGUGAUUGCUGAGGAUGGUCUGUACACUACUUACAAGACAUUCCAAGGGAGACACCUUGAUUGCAUCAUACAGUCAGUGAACAAAAUACUGGAUCAGAGACUGUACUACCAAAACAUGGUAGAAGAUGACAGGGCCACCUAUGAACCUUGCAGAUACGCCGAGGAAGGAGAACUAGAGCGAAGUAACUCCUUCUGCUCUCUCUCCAUUGGCAGUGAGGACUUACCUGUUGAUUUUUUGAACACUCUGGGACCAAAGUUUUCUGCUCUGGAAGAAAUCUGUAAGAAGCAGUUUCCAUCAUGCAAUUAGUUUCAGAAGGCUGUGACUACUUUAUGGUGUUGCAAAGACUUCUGGCAGAAGCACUGACAAGUUCUUAAAAAAAGAACCAUCCGCACCUGGAAGUGUUGCAGUAUGUUUGUGCCAUGAGUACCUGGCCUUUUAUUUUUCCUGCCUACGCUGAUUACAUGCCUGCAGCCAAGAACAUGAUGUAUCUGGAAGAUCCACUCUACUUUGCAGAGAUGAUGGAGCGAUUUUGUUAUAUUCUGUGCAGAUUUAAACAAAUAGAUCUGAUAGUAAGGAUCCUUAAUUUAGUAUGCAAAGGAAAAAAAAGCAAACAGAUCUACUAGGCUAGGAGUUCCAGUCAGAGUCCCAUAUGGAAAUCAGCCAGUUUUGAACAGAGAAGGCAAUUACCAGCUAAGCCAGUGAUACAGUCCUUUCUCCAGUAAGUGGUCUCUUUAAAUCCAAGAUUAGCUUUAGUGAAGUGCCAUGUGGAUCUGACCUGAUGAUCAGAUCUUUUAUUUCUAUAUGACACUGAAACAUUGAAGAGAAAAUACACUCUUAGUGAGAUUGUAACCAGAUAAUGACCUGAGAGGUCUGCACCAUCCUUGUCUUUUAGCAUAAAAAGGCACUUAUUUAGUGCUUGCAUGCAUAUGCUGGCAUCUGGUGGCUGUUAGUAUUAUUACACUAUUGUAAAUACUCUAAAUGCGAAUAAAUUGUUGAUAGAGGACCAGGUAUGGUUAUCCCUUUCAUUCAAAUGACUACCUGCUCUAAAUUAGCUACAAGUGACUGUGGUGAUGAAAUUAAUAUGCUUUCUCAGGCACCAUUGAUGAAAAAGAUGAAAUGAUAAAGAAAGGAUGGUAUCAAAUUUCCCUAUACAGAAACCAUGGAUAUGUUACUUUUAAAGUUUGUGGUUUUUAUGUAUCUGAAGGUGCGGAGUUGGCCUGUGCUCACUUAUAGCACGAUGGCUUUUGGUGUUAAAAUACACGAAUGAGGAAAGAAUAGCUCAGAAGAUGGUAUUCUGCCAUUAGGUAGGUUAUAUAUGCAGUGAGAGAUGGAAUUAAUCACAAAUCUUACUUCUGUUCUAUCACAAUUCUGUGCUAAAAGAAAAAUGCUUUCCUUAAGGCAAGCACUAAGUCUGGUAUCUGAGGCACUGUUCUUCUGUUUCAAAGUUUACUUAAACAAUAAAUUAUACUUUUGCUCAGAUGUUAUUAACUAAUAAUUCAAGGCUGGAAACUUCAGUCAAGUGUGAUUAAAGAAUUUGUCUGAAUGGCAGGCAGCUAAAUUUUCCUAAAGGCCAGCAAUAAGAUCUGUUUACACAAUAAAUCACCACUCUGAUAAACUGUCCUUAAUUUAUAAUUCUAGAUGGAAGACUUCAAGUCAGGACAGUGAUCUAGCAGCACUGCUAAUAACCAAGAUUACUUUUUUAUUGCACACUAUAACCAUGUUGGUAAGAUUAGAAUUGUGCUGUGUUUUACUAUUUCUUCCGU